UCUGGGGAUCCAUACCACCAGCCGCGGGCGCCGUCCCUCCCCUGCGGCAACCACCUACCCCUCCCCUGCUCCGCCGCCGCCGGCCACCACCACCCGCUGCGAUAGCACCUGGCCCACACCUGCCGUCCGGCUCCGGCCACCAGGAUUGUCCUCCGCCGUCAUUUCCUGCGACAACCCUACCCCACACCUGCCGUCCGGCGCUCCGGCCACCACGACUCUCCUCCACCGCCAUCCCAUGCGACAGCCCCCCACCCCAGACCUGCCGUUCUCCCCUUGCCACCACGACUCUCCUCCUCUCUCAUCGCACCCCCCCGCCACUGCAUCCCCUGCCGUCCGGCCGCCGGCCACCACCGCUCUCCUUCGUUGCCACCACCUCCGGUACCUGGGCUAUUAUGCCUGGCUGCGUUUCGGGCGAAAUAAUCUCGCGGAAGACGGAGGCGGGAGAAGAGUUGAUUUCCUUGUGCAAUCGGGGAAGAGCAGAGACAUUUCAAACAGACUAUCACAUACGGAUGUAUGUAGACAUAUUUUAGAGCGUAGAUUCACUUAUUUUACUCCGUAUGUAGUCAUUUGUUGAAAUAUAUAGAAAGACAAAUAUUUAAAAACGGAGGGAGUACUAUCCUUCCUUUUGUAGGAAUUGUGCAACCGGGGAAGAGAGGAGAUAAAUUUAUGUUUGUGCGGCAAGCGUAAUCUGAAAGGAGUAUUUUUUUUCCGGAAGAGUUUGUCCGUUGAGAAGUUGUAAUCCGGAUCCUCCUCCCUCUCCUCUAAUAUCUCCUCCCUUUUGGAGGAGGGCCUGCCGUCGAUUAGUCCGCCGGCCUCAAUAAAUAGAGGAGCGGGGGGAGUAGCAGGGGGCUCUGGUUGAUCGAAUAAGUUGGCGUCCCUGAUCUUAUUUUGGCCGGCGAUUAGUCUGCUUUCUUGUGCAAGCCUAUAAAUAAAUAGAGGAGGAGGGGGGAUUCAAAUUAGGUCGAUCCAAAUAGUGCAGACGUCCCAUCAUCAAGAAGACCAGUUUUUUUAGAUCAUCAGCAAGGUCAGAAAGCCCUCCCCAUCACCCCACUUACAUUGUGUGUUCAACAAGACCAGUUGUUGAUCCGACCAGCCAUGACGAAGAAAAGACAUCACCGCAGACGCAAUGUAAAUGCAACACAGAAAGCAACUCACAACAAAGAUGCUGCCAGCAGCGAAGAAGACACAGACAGGCUUACCAAGCUGCCUAAUGACCUUCUGCUAAACAUUCUGGAGAGGGUGGACACGCUCGAUGCAAUAAGGGCCUGCAUCCUCUCGAGACAAAUGAUGAAGCUCCGCACCAUGCUCUCGCAGUUCUUCUUAAGUUGUAGUUCCAUUCCAGGUCACCAUUUCAACGUCAGUGAAUUUGUCAGAACCAACGGUGUUGUGGCUCAUGUAACGGAUAACAUCUUGAGCACAAGGAGCCCAGAGAUCACCAUCAGCAGACUCAAAAUCAGAUUCCUCUUGGUGCAACCUGACUGUUACACAAUUGGCAAAUCUGUCGCCCAUGCCAUGGCAACACAGAAGGUUGGCGCGGCUGAGUUUCAGAUCGUAACAGACAAGACUCAUUUGAUGUGCUCUCCUGCCGAUCUCCUCGACCAUGCAAAGCAGCUCAAUGAUUUCUUCGGUGCUUGUCGUGAUGCAUUUGCUGGCCUCAGGCGCCUGUGGCUGUGCAAUAUGAGGUUUGGUGGUGAACUGGACAUACCCAACAUCCUCAGCACUUGCAAGCUCUUGGAGUCUUUGCGUUUAACCCAUUGCGACUCUGGGAUGAAUUCUGUGCUGCAACUAGAACAUGCUCAGCUUACCGAGCUCGAGGUCGACUAUGGGAAAUUUGAGAUAGUUGAGCUGACAUGUCUACCGAAACUCCAACGGGUGAGCUAUAAGAGUUGGUUCUACUCUGAGAAAGAUCCCCUGUAUUUUGGUUUUGUGCCACAGCUUUCAAAGCUGAGGCUUGCUAAAACUGGCUCCAGAUCGACUAGGACUCUUGAGUUAAGUCAGCUCCUCGGUAAUGUUCCUUCCAUAAGCGAUCUGCAUCUGGAUUUUGAAAGUGAAAAGAUUUGGGUUCUACCAGAAAGCCCGGAGCUGCUUAGGCCUGUGCUCAGCAAACUACAGCAUGUGAUUCUGGACAAACUUCCUGAAGAAUGUGAUUUAGCUUGGACAAUGUUUAUUCUUGAAGCUGCACCGUCCCUCAAAGAGCUGUGCAUUACAGUAUGGGAUCAUUGGUGCCAUAUGGUGAUGAGAGACAAAGAGUUUCGGGAGAGAAAUGGCUACUGUGAAAAGGCAGACGUGGAGUGGAAGCCACAUGCCCCUGCUUUCAAGCACAAGAAUCUGGUUAAGCUCACCAUCUAUGGCUUCCAACCUGACGACAUCUUUGUGCGAUUCAUCAGGUGUGUCAUGGAACAUGCGGUUCAUAUGGCGGAGAUAUGUCUGCAUGACAGGAAGGUAUGUCUGCGCUGUGGUGACUUGGAUCCCAAGAUGAAGUGCCCAUCGAGAUAUCCACGGAACGCUGAUGAGCGCAUGCAGAUCAUUGAAGAACUGGGGAUGUCUUUGCCUGGUUUUGUUCGCUUCAUGUCGUAGUUGAGAAAAAGAGAUGUAUGUCACCUUUGUGGUAGUUUGUAAGCCCUCUGAACUCUGUAAUUCCGUAGUUAUCGCGCUUGUACUCUUGCUUAAGCUAUGUGAACUGUCGCCUAAUGAAGAAAAUAUUUAAUACUGUAGUAAA